AUGUGCUUUUUCCAGAAGAACAACUCCCUUCUGCAGGAGGCGAUAAUCAAGCAACAGCAACACCUGCUGGGCGCAGAUAGAUCCAAAUACAGUGUUGAGCUGCUGAAAAAAGGCCACGAUGACCCCCAGCAAUACGUUGUGUCCUGCAGGCCCACGGUGAAGGUCUUGUCCCCAGAGGACGGGAAGCACAGCAUUGUCCAGGCAGCCAGGCAGCUCUGCCACUCUGUGGAGACCAAGCAGAGGAGCUCCAGGGACAUCGACGUCUCCAUGCUAGAUGUCCUCCUCAGAGAGUCGAAGAAUAUUCCAGACCCAGAGCUAGUGGUGAAGUUUGGUCCUGUAAAUAGCACCUUGGGUUUCCUGCCCUGGCACAUCAGACUCACCGAGUUCAUCUCCCUGCCGUCCCACAGAAAGGUGUCGUACGAGGACUUGUUUGGUGCCCUGCAGCGCUACAGUGCCUGUCAGCAGCGCCUCGGACAGUGA